AGAGGGCCAUGCGGCGGGGGAGACGGGGCAGGCCCCACCUCCUUUGUCCGCCCUGCCCUCCCAUUGGCCCGAGCGGGGGACCCGGAGCAGAGACCAUCCCCGGGGCUGAGCGAGGCGGCUCGCGGCCAAGGAAGGCGGUGCGCGCGCGGCUGGGCCGGUGCGCCGGGCCGCGGUCAAGUUCGCGCUAUCAGUCUCAGAGUCGUCGGUGCCAUGGACGGUCUGCGACAGCGCUUCGAACAAUUUCUAGAACAGAAGAACUGGGCCACCGACGCCCUAGGAGCGCUCGAAGCCAAGACCGGUGUCGACAAGCGGUACCUGGCCGCGGGAGCCGUCACUCUGCUAAGCCUGUAUCUUCUGUUCGGCUACGGGGCGUCUCUGCUGUGCAAUCUCAUCGGCUUUGUAUACCCCGCAUAUGCCUCAAUCAAAGCUAUCGAGAGUCCAAGCAAAGAGGACGACACUGUGUGGCUCACCUACUGGGUGGUGUACGGUCUGUUCGCCCUGGUCGAGUUCUUCAGCGAUCUACUCCUGUCCUGGUUCCCUUUCUACUACGCGGGCAAGCAUCACGGGGCAGUGGACAGCGUCGCGAGAGAAUUCAGCGGGCGAGCGCUGGACAUGGCGGCCGAAAUAACCAGGGACGCCAAAACAAGCCUGAUCCAGCUCCAGAAGGACAAGUGAAGGCGCUGCCCAGCUCCAGCCCCAACCUGCAAACUGGCAAGGACACCCUGCGCCACCGGUCCCCGGCAGACUCCUCUCCGGAGUCCCCAGCAGAGCCCACCACCAGCCCCGUGUCCCCGAGCAAGUCGGGCCCCAAGAGCUCCUCACAGACCGACAGCCUGGGUGCGUCCCAGUCCAGCUCCCCGUCCUCUGGCACGGCCAGCAGCGCCCAGCUGCCUGGCAAGUCCCAGGCCCAGUCUCGGGCACGGGGCAGCUCGGUCAGCCAGCCGCAGGGCCCCAGCCAGCAGUGCCCCAGGCCCCUCUCCGCCUCUGCGGAGCUCGCCCAGCCCACCGCCCAGCCGGCAGGCUCCGUGCCGCGCCCCAGCCCCAAUUCCAGCCAGGAUCCUGCCUCCAUGCCGCCCCCCAACGGUACCACCGUCUCCGGGAAGCCCUCCAGCAAUACCUCUGACAAGUCAGAGGCCAAGCCCCCCAGGACCCCCGCGGGCCCCGGGGCCCCCAAGACUAAGUCUGGCGCGCAGCACCACAAGCAGCCGGCCGGCCGGGCUCUCAGCAGCUCCUCAGUGCCCGAGCUGCCCGUGUCCUGCCCGUCUGAGUCCUCUGUGGAGUUCACGUCAGAGUCCGCCACGGAGGUCACCUGCAGCUGGCCUCACCACAGACACGGGCUCCACUACCUGCAGCAGUGCUGGCGCCUCAAACACCUGGCCUGCUAGGAGGGGCGCAAUAAAGCUCAU